AUGCAUAGGUGGAUGUAUAAUGUUAGUGGUAUUUUGGUUUUUCUAACUCCAGCAUCAUGCCUUUUGAAGGCUGAAGGGAAAAUGCGGCGGCCUUCCAUUGUAUUUCCUGCUGCUGCUAGGAGAAUGGAUACUCUCAAUGAUCUAUUGGCAGCAAGUGAUCUUGUUUCACUGCAUUGUACAUUAACAAAUGACACAAUGCAUAUACUUAAUGGGGACUGCCUGCAACACAUUAAGCCUGGAGCAUUCAUUGUCAACACUGGUAGUUGCCAACUUAUAGAUGACUGUGCGCUCAAACAGCUCUUGCUUGAUGGUACCAUAGCUGGUUGUGCAUUGGAUGGUGUUGAAGGUCCACAAUGGAUGGAAGCAUGGGUGCGGGAAAUGCCAAAUGUUCUAAUUCUUCCUAGAAGUGCAGACUACAGUGAAGAAGUGUGGAUGGAAAUAAGAGAGAAAGCAAUCACGAUACUACAGUCCUUUUUCUAUGAUGGUGUUGUUCCAAGUAGUUCAAUUUCUGAUGAAGAUGAGGAAAUUAGUGAAGCUGGAAAUGAAGAUGAUCAAGACAGAGGAACAAAAGAUAACCAUUCACAAGUUUUUGAUGGCGAACAUCAGACUGAUGAAAGCCAUUUAACUCUCAACUAUGAAAAGAAAAGAGCCACAUCCCAGUAUAAAGAAUCUCAAGCUCCAGGGCAAUCAUCACAAAAUAGUGGCUCACGAACAGAAGGAAGGCGUAGUCGCUCUGGAAAGAAAGGGAAAAAAAGACCUGCUCACCGCAGAUCUCAGAAAACAGACGACUUGUCUGCUGUAGAGAGUGACAGUAAUUAUUCCUUCCGCAGAGAUGAUGAUAAUGCAACGAGUGGCAGAGACCAGGUGGUAAGUUCAAGUUCACGGUUUGCUUCCCCUGAGGACUCAAAGUACAAGCAGAAAUCUCCUGUUGAAUCGCCAAUGGAAAUAACUUCGGAGAAGAAGUUACCUGUCGUGCUUGGUAGAAAAUGCCCUGAUACACUAAAAGAUGGUUAUGUUGUAGCUUUGAGAGCAAAAGAUAAUUCAGGGUUCCAUGUUGCAAGACAAAGACUUGCUGGUGGUGGUGGUUGGAUCCUUGAUGUUGUGUCAAAUGCUACGAACAGGGACCCUGCUGCUCAGUUCCUUGUCACUUUCAAAAACAAGGAUCUGAUGGGAUUGCGAUCCUUUGUUGCUGGUGGCAAACUGUUACAGAUCAAUAGGAAGAUGGAGUUUGUGUUUGCGAGCCAUAGUUUCGAUGUCUGGGAGGGCUGGGUGCUGGAAGUGGAAGGCUCCUUGCUGGAGGGGUGCAAGCUUAUCAACUGCCGAAAUUCCUCGGCUGUAUUGGACGUGUCCAUUGAGGUACUCGCAGCUGCGAGUGAAGAAGAUGGAGUCACCCGGUGGCUAGAUUAG